UAUAGAGAUAUGAUUGGUUCAGUGGGAUGUCUAUCUUAGAUGACGCACAGCGUGUGCUGCGCAGAAGCCUGUACUGGGCUGCUGGGCCUCUGUUGGCGUUAGAUAGCGGAGAAGGAGCUUUGGAGGGGCCUGAAAUUGUUACAUCGACAUAGUAAAAUAGGAUUUUAUUGACUUCUAGCCGCACGUCUCUGCAAGAUAGCAUCUUAAUGGAGGGGUACCCUUGUACUGGAUGAUUGGCCAAGCUGCUCAUUGUAACGGGAUACUGAGCUGAAGCUCCCCAUCUCUGCUUAAGCUUCAUCUCUGUAUUCCAACAUUCCUUUCUGGGACAACAUGUCGGGGGCUUCAGUGAAAGUUGCUGUCAGAGUCCGUCCCUUUAAUUCUCGGGAGCUCAGCAAGGAAUCCAAGUGCAUCAUUCAGAUGCAAGGCAACUCAACCAGUAUUAUUAAUCCAAAGAAUCCUAAGGAAGCUGCCAAAAGUUUUAGCUUUGACUACUCUUAUUGGUCUCACACAUCGCAAGAUGACCCUUGCUUUGCAUCCCAGAGUCGUGUAUAUAAUGAUAUUGGAAAAGAAAUGCUUGAGCAUGCCUUUGAGGGCUACAAUGUUUGCAUAUUUGCUUAUGGGCAGACAGGAGCUGGAAAAUCCUACACUAUGAUGGGUAAACAAGAAGAGACACAAGCUGGCAUCAUCCCACAGCUCUGUGAGGAUCUUUUCGAAAAAAUUAAUGACAACAAUAAUGAUGAAGUUUCUUUUUCUGUAGAGGUGAGCUACAUGGAAAUAUACUGUGAGCGUGUCAGAGACCUCCUAAACCCAAAAAACAAAGGAAACUUGCGUGUUAGGGAGCACCCACUAUUAGGGCCCUAUGUGGAGGACCUUUCCAAACUGGCUGUCACCUCUUAUACUGAUAUUGCUGACUUGAUGGAUGCAGGCAAUAAAGCUAGGACUGUAGCCGCUACCAACAUGAAUGAGACCAGCAGCCGCUCCCAUGCAGUAUUCACUAUUGUGUUUACUCAAAAGAGACUAGAUAUAGGGACAAACCUCUCCACAGAAAAGGUCAGCAAGAUUAGCUUAGUGGAUUUGGCAGGGAGUGAGAGGGCUGAUUCAACUGGAGCAAAGGGUACUCGUCUAAAAGAAGGAGCUAAUAUCAACAAGUCACUAACAACCUUGGGAAAAGUUAUAUCUGCUCUUGCAGAGGUGGAUAACUGCACAAGCAAGAGUAAGAAGAAGAAAAAAACAGACUUCAUUCCAUAUCGAGAUUCUGUACUUACAUGGCUGCUUCGUGAGAACUUAGGUGGCAAUUCACGGACAGCAAUGGUUGCAGCUCUGAGUCCUGCCGAUAUAAACUAUGAUGAGACUCUAAGUACAUUAAGAUAUGCAGAUCGUGCUAAACAGAUUAAGUGCAAUGCUGUUAUCAAUGAAGAUCCCAAUGCCAAACUUGUGCGUGAGCUAAAAGAUGAAGUAACAAGGCUUAAAGACCUCUUGCGUGCUCAGGGAUUGGGCGAUAUCCUUGAUACUCUUCCUUCUGUCGGGUGCUUUCCUAUCUCAGACAUGAAUGAUAAUGAGAACCUUAAGAAUAAAUACUUAUUAGCCAAUGAAAACCAACGACCUGGCAAUUUCUCCACAGCCUCCAUCAGUUCUCUAGCAUCCUCACCAUCCUCCUGUUCACUUAGUAGUCAGGUGGGAUUGACAUCUGUUACCAGCAUCCAGGAAAGAAUCAUGUCUACCCCAGGAGGAGAGGAAGCUAUAGAGCGACUUAAAGAGUCUGAAAAAAUAAUUGCAGAGCUAAAUGAGACAUGGGAAGAGAAGCUGCGAAAAACAGAGGCUAUUCGAAUGGACAGGGAGGCUUUACUUGCAGAAAUGGGAGUGGCUAUUCGUGAAGAUGGUGGAACCUUGGGGGUUUUCUCACCCAAAAAGACUCCCCAUCUUGUCAAUCUUAAUGAAGAUCCACUAAUGUCUGAAUGCCUUCUAUACUACAUUAAAGAUGGACUUACAAGGGUCGGUCAGGCAGAUGCUGAUAGUCGCCAGGAUAUUGUGCUAAGUGGAGCUCAUAUUAAAGAGGAACACUGCAUAUUCCGUAGUGAAAGGAAUUCAAAUGGGGAAGUAAUAGUAACCUUGGAGCCCGGUGACAGGUCAGAAACAUAUGUCAAUGGAAAACGAGUUGUGCAUCCAGUGGAGUUAAGAUCUGGAAAUCGAAUAAUAAUGGGAAAAAACCAUGUAUUUCGUUUUAACCACCCUGAGCAAGCCCGUGCUGAACGGGAGAAAACACCUUCUGCAGAAACACCCUCAGAACCAGUGGACUGGACAUUUGCUCAGCGUGAGCUGUUGGAGAAACAAGGCAUCGAUAUGAAGCAAGAAAUGGAGAAAAGGCUUCAGGAGAUGGAAAUUUUGUACAAGAAAGAAAAGGAAGAGGCAGAUCUUCUUUUGGAGCAACAAAGGCUGGACUAUGAGAGCAAACUGCAAGCUCUGCAAAAACAAGUCGAGACUCACUCACUGGCAGCAGAGACCACAGAUGAUGGGGAAGAAGAAGAGGAGGAAGUUCCAUGGACACAGCAUGAAUAUGAUGUAGCACUGUGGGCAUUUAAAAAGUGGAGAAAUCACCAGUUCACCUCGUUACGGGACUUGCUUUGGGGGAAUGCCAUGUAUCUGAAGGAAGCCAAUGCAAUAAGUGUAGAGCUGAAGAAGAAGGUGCAGUUCCAAUUUGUGCUGCUUACAGAUACUUUGUACUCCCCACUGCCACCAGAGUUACUUCCUUCUGAUGCUGAUAAAACCACAGAAGACAGGACUUUCCCUCGAACUGUGGUUGCAGUUGAGGUGCAAGAUUUAAAAAAUGGGGCGACUCAUUACUGGUCACUGGAGAAACUGAGGUUAAGGUUAGAACAGAUGCGGGAGAUGUAUGACCGUGCAGGAGAAAUGGCUUCCCAUGUGCAAGAUGAAAAUGACACAGUGAUAACUGGAAAUGACCCUUUUUAUGAUCGCUUUCAUUGGUUCAAGCUAGUUGGGAGUUCUCCCAUAUUCCACGGCUGUGUGAAUGAGCGGCUGGCAGACCGCACCCCGUCCCCUACCUUCUCCACUGCAGACUCUGAUAUCACAGAGUUAGCUGAUGAGCAGCAGGACCAGAUGGAAGACUUUGAUGAUGAGCCAUUUGUGGAUGACACUGGCUCUGAUGUUGGUGCAGAAGAAGGAUCCGAUCUCUUCAGUGAUGGCCAUGACCCGUUUUACGACCGGUCCCCAUGGUUCAUUUUAGUAGGAAGGGCUUUCGUCUAUCUAAGCAACCUGCUUUUCCCAGUUCCUCUUGUGCAUCGAGCAGCUAUAGUAAGUGAGAAAGGAGAAGUACGUGGGUUUUUGCGUGUUGCUGUGCAGGCAAUAUCUGGUGAUGAGGAAGCACCAGACUAUGGGUCCGGCAUUAGACAAUCGGGAACAGCCAAGAUUUCAUUUGAUAAUGAAUACAUUAAUAAGAAUGAAAUCUCUUCUAUGGUUUUGACUCGUUCCGGACUGUCACUAGAAGAACUUCGCAUUGUGGAAGGACAAGGACAGAACUCUGACAUUACUUCAUUAGAAGAGGUCAAUCAUUUAGCUGAUUUAGACCUAAAGUCUGGAAACCUGUUGGAUGGAAAGAUGAUGAUGGAAGGAUUCUCAGAGGAUGUAGGAGAGCAUCUGAAAAUUGGUAGCAUGUUCACUUUCCGUGUGACAGUGCUUCAGGCCAGUGGAAUUCCUCCAGAAUAUGCUGAUAUCUUCUGCCAAUUUAACUUUUUACAUCGACAUGAUGAAGCAUUUUCCACAGAGCCACUGAAGAACAGUGGCAGAGGAAAUCCUCUUGGUUUCUAUCAUGUUCAGAAUAUUGCAGUGGAAAUUACAGAAUCUUUUAUAGAAUACAUUAAAAACAACCCAAUUGUUUUUGAAGUAUUUGGCCAUUACCAGCAGCACCCUCUCCACCUUCAAGGACAAGAUCUCAGCCCACCUCAGCAGUGCCGACGUUACUUUCCUCCUCCAAUGCCACUUUCUAAACCAGUUCCAGCCACUAAAUUAAAUCCACUAAGCAAGCAAAGUCUUGGACAGGUCAUCAGCAAGUAUGACUUGUUAGUCUGGUUUGAGAUCAGUGAACUGGAGCCUACUGGAGAGUACAUUCCAGCUGUCGUAGAUCAUUCUGGAGGACUGCCCUGCCAGGGAACCUUUUUGCUGCAUCAGGGAAUCCAGCGCAGAAUUACUGUCACCAUUGUCCAUGAGAAAGGGAAUGAGUUGCACUGGAAGGAUGUGAGAGAAUUGGUUGUAGGACGUGUUCGCAAUAAAGCAGAUGAAGCUGCUGCAGAUGCUGUUCUUUCACUAAAUAUCAUCUCUGCAAAAUACCUCAGGUCUUCUCAUAGCUCUGGCAGAACUUUUUAUCGCUUUGAGGCAGUAUGGGACAGUUCCUUGCAUAACUCCCUGCUUCUAAACCGGGUAACUCCAUAUGGAGAGAAGAUCUAUAUGACCCUAUCAGCGUAUCUUGAGCUUGAUCACUGCAUCCAGCCUGCAGUUAUUACAAAAGAUGUCUGUAUGAUCUUUUACUCUCGUGAUGCCAAAAUAUCUCCUCCACGGUCUCUGCGCAGUCUAUUUGGCAGUGGUUACUCAAAAUCCCCUGACUGUAACAGAGUAACUGGAAUAUAUGAGUUGAGUUUGUGCAAAAUGGCUGAUACCGGCAGCCCUGGAAUGCAACGAAGAAGAAGAAAGAUCCUCGAUACGUCAGUGGCAUAUGUUCGUGGUGAAGAGAAUCUGGCAGGAUGGAGACCUCGAGGCGAUAGUCUAAUCCUAGAGCAUCAAUGGGAACUUGAAAAGAUGGAGCAAUUGCAUGAGGUUGAGAAAACAAGGCACCUCCUUUUACUUAGAGACAAACUAGGAGACAGUAUCCCUAAGUCCCUAAGUGAAUCUAUCUCUCCAAGCUUGAGCAGUGGCACCCUAAGCACAUCGACCAGUAUUUCAUCGCAGAUAUCCACCACAACCUUUGAAAGUGCCAUCACACCUAGUGAGAGCAGUGGAUAUGACUCUACUGAUGUUGAGAGUCUUGUGGAUCGUGAGAAGGAGUUAGCAACCAAGUGUUUGCGACUUUUGACUCACACAUUUAACCAAGAACUAACCCAGGUGUGUAACAGUAUCAGUGACUGUAAGUUGUCUGAUAUCUCCCCAAUUGGAAGGGAUCCCUCGGUCUCCAGCUUUAGCAGUGCUACUCUCACUCCUUCAUCAACUUGCCCAUCACUAGCAGAUUCUCGAUGCAGCUCUGUGGAUCAGAAGACCCCUGAAGCAAAUUCACGUGCCUCCAGCCCUUGCACUGAAUUUGAACAGUUCCAUUUGGUACCAGCUGUGGAGCGGUCAUUUUUGGCUCGUGCAGGAAAGAACGAGUUUCUAAAUCUUGUACCAGAUAUUGAAGAGAUUCGUCCAGGAUCUGUGGUCUCAAAGAAAGGUUACUUGAACUUCAAAGAACCUCUGUCUCAUUCCUGGGUCAAGCAUUUUGUGGUUGUGCGCCGUCCCUAUGUCUUCAUCUACAACAGUGACAAGGACCCAGUAGAGAGGGGCCUCAUUAACUUAUCCACUGCACAAGUGGAGUACAGUGAAGACCAGCAAGCCAUGGUUAAGAGCUCAAACAUAUUUGCUGUAUGCACAAUGUACCGUGGGAUCCUUCUGCAGGCCAUUAAUGAUAAAGAUAUGAAUGACUGGUUGUAUGCCUUUAAUCCUCUGCUUGCUGGCACAAUAAGGUCAAAGCUGGCAAGACGUCGUUCUCUUUCCUUGAAGUACUGAGCUGAAUGGUCUUUCUCACCAGCCUGAAAGGACAUGUCAGUCCCCUCUCCCUUGUUGUUAUAAUUGAGAGUUUCUCGUCUGUAAACCUGUGGCUUGACCCUAGCUCCUUUUUCCUUCUGUGCUAAAAAGAUUCUCCACCUUGCAGCAUGUGGACAAUUAUAUGUAAAACAGGCAGAAAGAAACAAUAUUGAGGAUCUUCUUGGCUUCUGGACAUAUGCUCUCUUUAUCCAGCUGUUUCUAGUGUCCAUAGUGUAAUGCACCUUUCAGAAAUGCUUUUUUUUAAAUUUGUGGAUAUAUGUCUAAUUUAUUUGAAAACUCUAGCUUU